AUGGUGUCAAAUGAUCCACCAGGACUCGAUACGCCAGUUGUACCCACAGAUUCUACCGUUCGUGGAAGCGGCAUUGCUAUAUGUGAACCCUGUUGGUCGCUCUGUGAGGAAUGUUUCCGUCCAUACUUUGAGCACGAAUGUACUUCCUGUCCCAAAGGGCAUUAUCUGGUCCGUCUUAUCUCCCCGCCAAUGUCUGAUGUCAAAGGCCAGAAAGACAUUUUGGAGGCCACGCCGAAGAGGAUAGGCAUUUGUACGGACACUUGUCCAGAGGCUCAUUAUCCUGAUGAUAACAGAAGACUUUGUGAAAGGUAA